UCAAGAAGCCCACAGGUACCCUUGGCCGAUGUCCGGAAAUCGAGGGAAGCCGGCCUGCUCUCAGCAGAGCCUUCAGCGGUCGUCCACCACCGUAGAGAGCAGCGCCUCCGAGAUCAGCGGCACCCGAGGCUCGCAGGACAGCGCCAGCAAUGCGGACGUCGAGGACCACCGAGGGAGCAUCUCGCCUCUGGACUACGUGGCUAGGGCUCGAGAUCCCGCGGUGGGUCUUCACUCGCCUUCUCCGGUUCGCGCUGGGGCGACAUGGUUCCACCGCUACAGGAGGACACCCGCAGCGUUGACCGGUCACUGCUUGCUGUACAGCCUGGCCGUCCUGACACUGGGAUCAGUGGCCUGCCUCGCCUUCAUGUUCAUCCGCCACAACGAGAAGGUGUACGCUAUCGUAUGGAGCUUUAUGGCCGAGCUGUUCGGGCGCAUUUUCCGCGAAGACGGACCAUGUUGAGUAGUUAUUGCGAGACAGUGAAGUGGCGGCCCCGGCAACGCUAACCAUUGUGUGGCGAAGUGUGAACAAACGGCAGGAAAUAAGGCAAAGACUGGAGGAAGACGCACCAAGGACUUUCCAGCAAACUACGCCCACUUCAGCACGUUCCCACUUGGGUCUGCAGAACUAGCCGACACCGACACACUUUGCAUUUUAUGCCGUUUACUCGGCUCGAUGUAUGAUUCGAUGAUUUAAAGGACGGCGAUUGUUUAAUAAAGAAAGGAGUAUAUGGACUCA